UUCCCAUUAUGAGAAAGCUCACGCGCGAGCCAUUACCUGACUGCCACAGUCACCACCGGCCUAAAGCAAACAAAUAACCGACUUCCAUUUUACGUCAAGAAUCGCCGUUGUUUUUCUCUUUCAGUAUAUUCAAUUCCCCCUUUGAUUUGUCCUCUUUGCUAUUUCCUAAUUUUGUUCUUCAGGUUUUCCGCUUCUUUCUCCGAUUCCUUGCCUGAAUUUCCGCCUCUAAUUAGGUUUGGAUUUUGUUUAAUCUCUCUCUUUUUCCGAUUCCGUAAUUUUUUUCGGAUCGGAAAGAGAUUGAAGUACCUUAAUAAAUGAUUCAACGAGUUGUUGACGAUGUGCUUGCUGUUACCAAAGAGUCGGUGAAGACAUUUACGUAUGAGUCUUUGAAUAAUGUUGUGAGGUUGAUCAACGGAUUAUCUGCGCUUCUGCUGACUCUUUUACCAGGGAAAGGUUCUGUACUCGAAGGUGUUAAUGGCUGGGAGCUCAGACCAACGUUUCGAGGGCCUCGUUUUCCUCGUUGGAUGGAGAAUGGCGUGUCCUCUUUCAACCAGUUCAUUCAUGAGCUUUCUGUGGACUCUGAUGAUUCAAGCUUAGAUUAUUCCUCUGGGGAGGAAGAUGGUUUUGGAAAUGAAUAUCCUGCAACACCAUCAUCUCAGGGUUCACGAGGCUCCAGGUCCAGGGCUGGUUUUCAUGCUAAGAAUGUUUGGCACUGGACAGAAAGGAUCAGAAGCAUCAUUUUUUGGAUCCUCUUACCGGCAAGGUUCCUUUUUGGGAUUCCAUUGAGAAUUUUUCACUUCUUUUUUAUUAAAUGGUCUGGGUCCACAACCACCCCUGGAAGUCCUUGGCCCUCGAUUAGAAGAAUACAUAGCCAUAAGGACCACGUUGUUCACACCACUGACAGGAGACGUGGAGUUAUUGAGGAUCUUCAUCUUGCGAGUGAAAUCUUUAUUGAAUCUGUCUUUGAAAUAGUCCAUAAGGCUGCACAUUUUAUCCUCUCGCCAUUGGAUGCCCUUAGAACUUCGUUCAGAUGGCUUUUUCCUCGGGACAGUUGCGAGAGCUAUCAUGAUGCAGAUGUUACCGUGCCCACUGCUACACUCGGGGAUGAUGAUUCUGCGCCUAGCGAAAGGAGUUACACUUUUCAUCAGUCUUUGAAUACGGAUGCCAGAACAUGCCAAGAUGUUAUAACGGAGCUUGGGUAUCCAUAUGAAGCUAUUCGUGUUGUGACUAAUGAUGGAUAUGUUCUUCUCCUGGAAAGAAUUCCCAGGCGUGAUGCACGUAAAGUUCUUUAUCUGCAGCAUGGAAUAUUUGAUUCUUCAAUGGGUUGGGUGUCCAAUGGGGUUGUUGGUUCUCCAGCCUUUGCAGCUUUCGACCAAGGGUAUGAUGUUUUUCUCGGCAAUUUCCGUGGGCUGGUCUCUAGAGAACAUAUUGAUAAGAAUAUAUCUUCAAGACAGUACUGGAAAUAUUCUAUAAAUGAACAUGCCAUGGAGGAUAUUCCAGCGAUGAUUGAGAAAAUCUAUGAAGUGAAAACUUCUGAAUUGAAGCUCAGCCAACCUGAAAUUGUGAAAGAAACCGACAAUGAUCAGCCAUUCAAGCUUUGUGCACUAUGCCACAGCAUGGGAGGGGCUGGUAUGUUGAUGUAUGUUAUAACACGGAGGAUUGAAGAGAAACCACAUAGAUUAUCUAGAUUGGUUUUACUAUCUCCUGCUGGUUUCCACGACGAUGCCCCAUUCAUAUUCACCGUGAUUGAGAAUCUCUUGCUCCUGCUGGCUCCAAUUUUAGCUCCAUUUGUGCCUGGGUUGUACAUACCAACAAGAUUUUGCCGUAUGCUUCUCAACAAAUUGGCUCGCGACUUUCAGCACUAUCCUGCUGUUGGAGGUUUGGUUCAAACCGUGGUGAGUUACUUUUUAGGUGGUGACAGUUCAAAUUGGGUUGGAGUACUGGGUACCCCGCACUAUAAUAUGAAUGAUAUGCCUGGAGUUUCAUUUCGAGUGGGUCUUCAUCUUGCUCAGAUGAAGCAUGCUAAGAAAUUUAGAAUGUUCGAUUAUGGAAAUCCAUCCCUGAACAUGGAAGCCUACGGAUCACCAGAACCAUUGGACUUGGGCGAAUACUUCGGUCUUAUAGAUAUCCCUGUAGAUUUAGUUGCAGGACGGAAGGACCAGGUAAUUAGACCAACCAUGGUGAAAAGGUACUACAGUAUGAUGAAGGAUGCUGGAGUUGAUGUAUCAUUCAAUGAAUUUGAAUACGCGCAUCUGGACUUCACUUUCUCACACCGGGAGGAGCUUUUGUCUUAUGUGAUGUCUCGGCUACUUCUGGUCGAUGAGCCUGGAUCAAAACGGAAACCGAAGCUUUCACAGCAGAAGGUAUCAAAAGUACCAAAAUUGAAACGAAAGGAGACGCUGGAUGGCUAGCCCUACAGACAAAGAAGAACCCACUUUUCCUAGGUUCCAGCAUAUGGCAACAGGGAAAAAGAUAAAAGAUGAUUUUCUGUAGUUGCGGGUCGUGUAAAUGUCUCUAAUAUCUCUUGAGUUCGGAAUAUAGUUGUAUAUUUUCAGUUAAGUGUCACCACGUCAUGGAUUUAAUUAUAGUCCCAUUAAAAAAAAAAUAUCGUAGGGAACGAAUUUCGGUGAUCUUAUCUGAACUCUAUGAUGUUCUUGAAUUCUUUGUGCUUAAAGAAAAACAGACAUUGGUGAGAUUUGUAGCCUGUAAAUUUAAAUAUGUAGGAAUUGUUGAUAUAUAUUAGUGGGAGUUGGGAAUUGAAGGCAUUUAUAUGCCAUAUAGCGUGUUAUUUCUCUUGUAUGCGAGAAUUGAGAUCGUUUCUUCUAUAAUGCAUUAGAGUUCCUCGUAAUGUAUGAAAAUCAUAAGAAGGUUAGGUUUCGAUUUCCAGGUUUUAAGGGGCUUGAGUUCGCGUCUUGGAGGAGGAGUACACACCAAUGUUCCAACCAGGUAUAAACUCGCCAUUGUAAAGUGUGAAUGCUAUUUUGCCUUUUGAGGAGAAAUCUUCCGUUUGCUCUAUUGAUUUUAAUCCAUAAGAUGGUACGCGUAGAUAUUUUGGUAGGUCAACGACGAAGAAAUCGGCAAAAGAUCAGGCGAGAGAAGCAAAUUUAAUCGAGGAUUGUACUAAUUCGGCGUUUUGGCGGAGCGACAAUGGUGUGUGUCUAUUUUCUCUAUCUUGCUAAAUUUACUGUAGUCUUGCCGACUUUCGGAGUUUCGAUGAGAGUUUCGGUCUUGGAUUCCAACUAUUGCAAAGGCAACAAGCUAGUUUACAAGUUCAGUCCAUUUUCUUGUCUAAUUGGACGUCACGUUUCAUAACUCACGUGAGGUCUUUUUUUUUUUUCCCUCUAAUUGCUAUUAUUAUUUUAAUUUUUCUAAUUUUUAUUAUUAUUUUAGAUCAACCUGAUUUUAUCUUACUUUAAAGAAAAUUGGGAGAAGAUAUACACAAACUUCUCAAUCAGAAAAUAUUCAAGAUUUGCUCGACAUAUGUAUAACGGGGAAGUUUGGGGUUGGAAGUUUCAUUGGGAGUUUGAUGGAAUGCAUUGUACACUGUGGUGUUAUAGAAAGUUUAAUUGAAAGUUUCAUGAAAUUCAUGGAAUGCGAUGCAUAAUGGGGUAAUAGAAAUGGUAGGAUUACUUAUAGAAUAUCAGUACAAUAUUUCUAUUAGAAGGGAUAUAUUAGUAAUUAGUAAUUAGAUAGUGGGAUAUAUUCGUAAUUAGGUAAAAAGUUGGCAAGAGUUUUUGGUUAUAAACCGUUGAUGAGACUGAGGUCAGAUGUGCGAAAAAUUUUAUUGAAUUUUUUUUCUUCUAAGAAUUUGGGAGAACUAGUUCUCUUGAAAAGCUAGUGAUUACCUUGCUACUCUUCGUAUUAUAUUGUAGCUUUAAAUAUUUCCACGAGAUGCUUUGGGAAGAUCAUUGAGUGGGUGAGAUCUCUUUUUGUUAUGUAUCCUCGAUUGUAUCACUUGUCUCUCAACAAUUAUUUUGUUGUCAAUUUUUUGGUGUGGGGGAGCUCUUGUUUCUUUUCGUUGGGAUUCUAUAGCCCUCUUUCCAAUUAGAAAGCAAUGGACAUGGCUGCUUUUCUUUCUUUACCCGAGGAUCACCCUUUAGGUUGGGGAAAAUGGAUGUUAAAUUUUGGAGUCCUGAUCCUCUGAAACAGUUAUUGUGCAAGUCUUUCUUUCAUUGUUUAGUUGGUCCUUUCCCCUUAGGUGAUUUGAUCUUUUCGAUACUUCGGGGGAUUAAGAUUUCUAGAGCAGUGAGAUUCUUUGUUUGACAAGUUAUUUACAAUUAUGCAAACAUGCUGGACAGGCUUGUUAGGAAGUUGCCUUUGCUUGUUGGGCUUCUUCGUUGUAUUCUUUGUUGAAAAGGUGGAGGAAGAUCUGAACCUAUUUUUUGGCGAUGUGACUUAGUGAGUGUCGUCUGGGAUUUCUUUUUGAAGACGUUUGGCACGAACCGCAUGAUAGCCGUUUGUCAUAAAGAUGUCAAGUAUUCUCCUCAAUUUGCUUUUUGGGGGAAGACUGGUCUUUUGCCUUGCAGGAUAGUGUUAUCUUGUAAGUUUUGCUAGUAAGCGGGAUGGUAGGGUGUUUAGGGAUGGUCUCUUGUUCAUUUCCAUGUUUUUCUUCUCUUGUUUUAAUUUCGGAAAUCUCUUGUAACUAUUCUAUAGACUUGAUUUCACAUAGUUGAAGUUUGUAAUGUAAGUUCCUUCUUUAUCUCGUGGGCUUGGGUUAUUUUUUAAUGUUUGCGCGUUCUUUUCAUUUCUUUCUUCAAUGAAAGUCGUUAUAUUUAUAUAUAUGAAAAGUUUAUGUUUUCA